UGCCACCUGUCAGUGCCUAUCAGUGCCAGCUGUCAGUGCUCAUCCAUGCCACCUGCCAGUGCCCAUCAGUGCCACAUCAAUGCCACGUAUCAGUGCCUACCAGUGCACAUCAAUGCCACAUAUCAGUGCCCAUCUGAGCUGCCUUUCAGUGUCACCCAUCAGUGCCAGUCAGUGCCACCUAUCAAUGCCAUACCAGUCAGUGCCGCCUAUCAGUGUGCAUCAGUGCCGCCUAUCAGUGCCUGUCAGUGCUGCCUAUCAGUGCCGCCUAACAUCAGUGCCACCUAUCAGUGCCAGUCAGUGCUACCUAUCAGGGCCACCUAUCAGUGCCCAUCA